AUGCAUGCACCUCUUAGCACACAUGCAGCACCGUUGGCGCCACCACCACCUCAUCCUCACACGCACCCGCAUUCGCUUGAUAUGUUGUACUCCCAAAACCGCCAACAACAGCAACAACUCCAUCACUAUCACCAACAUGCACAACAGCAACAACAACCGCUUUACCAACAGAGCAGCGCAAGCGGCAACAGCAGCACUACUAGUCAUGUUCACGGCUUUGGUUCAAAAAGCGCUGUUGGCAACAGUUCAGCAACAACAAAAAACAAUGGCAACGCCUCCAGCGGUAGCAGUAGUAAUAGCUCGUCACGGCAUGCUUCGGCAACAAAUACUGCUGCACAACAGUUGGCUGCAGCGGCCGCAGCAGAAAGCGCUGCCGCUUACAACUUCUUGUGUGGUUCCGCUGCAGCAGCCGCUGCUGCCGCCGCUACAAUGCUAAGUCCACCACUAAGCGCCAACUCCACUUUGGCCGCCGUCAAUCCCUUCGCCAACCCAUUUGAUUGGCUAGGCGCUAGCACUGCCACGGUAGACAAACAAAUGCGUGCUACUUCUGUUGAAAAGCAGACGCGUGCGGUUGAUGCUAGCCGCUAUAAUCGAGCUACGCAACAGCAACAGCAACCACAGCAGCAGCAGCAGCACAACAGUGCGUCAGCUGCAACGCCGUCAUCAACCUCGGCAGUAGCAGCGGCUGCCGCAGCUGCAAAUGAUUUCAUGUCGCUGUUUAGCGCCGCAGCCGCUGCUGCUGCGGCUGGUGAACACGCCAGUUCACAUCGUAGUUCCUCGAAUGCGUCUGCUGCAUCGGUGGCAAGCUCGACAUCAUCUACGGCGGCGGCGAAUGCGAGCAGCAACGCACAUAAGCUUAGCGCAGCAGCGGCGGCUUCGUCAGCUGCGUUGGCGGCAGCACAUGCAUCGUCUUUAUUCUCUCCACCCACGGCGGCAGCGGCCAAUGCAUAUCAUUUACAGCCGCCGAGUGCGGCAGUUGCUGCGGCCGCCGGCACACAUGGUCUGCCCUCGCCGACAAUAUAUCCGCCAACACCACCACCGUCAACACCCUGGAUACAUCCAUGGUAUGCGGGUGGCGAGACGUUUUGA